CAACGACGGAUGCGCUGGUUCAGGUGGUUGAUUAGGGGUCCCGAUAGCAGAAAGAAAGUAGAGGGUGCUUCUUCUGACGGGCUGACAUCCUGCUUUUUCUGGCUUCGAGUCUCCUGAGGCGCCAGCGACGUGAGGGGGAAGAGAUCGAGCCGACAGCAAACGUCGACCCGGGUGCGGAUGGAAACAAGCUGCCGGCCUCCAGGGAAAAUCCCAACCGCAGGUGUUUCCCCACAUGAGGACCUGAAAAAUCUCAUCUCCUCAUGUGUGUUUCAGCAGCGCGACGUUGAGAGAGCCGAGGAAGAGGUUCCGCGCAGCCCGGGCUGCGUAGAUGGAGCGCUUCCACUGGCUGCGGCACCGCUGUCGGCAGCAGCUGACCGGGGACUCGGAGCGAGGCUGUUACGCCUCGCCUGAUGGCCUUCCCAGUAAAACCUCCCCUCAGAGGGUCUGCGGCAGGAGGAGGACGGUGUUGGCCCGCCACGGCCCCCACCGGCACGAGUAUGAAGACGUGUCCAAGAAGUACAAGGGCAACGCCAUCCGCACCACCAAGUACAGCCUGUUGACCUUUAUCCCCAUGAACCUGUUCCAGCAGUUCCACAGGGCGGCCAACCUUUACUUCCUGUUCCUGGCGCUGCUGAACUGGGUGCCGGUGGUGGAGGCCUUUGAGAAGGAGAUCACCAUGAUUCCUCUGCUGGUGGUUCUCUUGGUUAUCGCCGUCAAAGAUGCAAUCGAGGACUACAGGCGAUACCUGUUCGACAAGAAGGUCAACAACAACAUGGUGCGCGUCUUCUGUGGCAAGCAGAACGCCUACAUUGACCGGUGUUGGAAGGAUGUGCGAGUCGGAGACUUUGUCCGUUUGUCCUGUAAUGAAAUCAUCCCAGCUGACCUGCUGCUGCUGUACUCCUCUGACCCCCGUGGGGUCUGUUACAUCGAGACUGCAAACCUGGACGGAGAGACCAACCUGAAGUUGAGGCAGGUUGUGUCUGACCUUUCCCUACAGGGUGCAGACUUCACACCAGAGAGCUUCCAUAGUCGCAUCGAAUGUGAGAAUCCCAACAAUGACCUCAGCCGGUUUAAAGGUUACAUCGAGCACUCGGGUGAGGUUCGGGUCGGCCUCCACAGCGGCAACCUUCUUCUGAGGAGCUGCACCAUCCGCAACACGGAGACGGUGGUCGGCAUCGUGGUUUACGCCGGUCAUGAGACCAAAGCCAUGAUGAACAACAGCGGGCCGAGGUACAAGCGCAGCCAGCUGGAGAAGCGUCUGAACACGGACGUCGUGUGGUGCGUUGUCCUCCUCCUCGUCAUGUGUCUGACUGCAGCCGUAGGUCAUGGCCUCUGGCUGAAGAGCUUUAAGGACUCAGUCUUUCAGGUCCUUGGAGAGACCUCUCCGGCUCUGGCUGGGUUCUACGUGUUCUGGACUAUGAUCAUCGUGCUCCAGGUGCUGAUCCCCAUUUCCCUUUACGUGUCCAUUGAGAUCGUGAAGCUGGGUCAGAUCUACUUCAUCCACAACGACUUGGACUUUUACAACGAGCAGCUGGACUCCCGGAUCCAGUGCCGGGCCCUCAACAUCACAGAGGACCUGGGUCAGAUCCAGUACUUGUUCUCGGACAAGACAGGAACGCUGACGGAGAACAAGAUGGUGUUCCGGCGAUGCAGCAUUUUUGGGGUGGACUAUCCGCAUGCGGACAACGCUCGGAGGCUGGAGGUGUACGAAGCGGAGCAGAACGAGGCGACCGGUCGCACCGUGACUCUGAAGUCGGCCUGCAGUAGGAAAUCUCUGAGCUGUCGCUCGCUGAGCUGCAACCGCAGCUCUGUGUCUCUGCAUACGCUUACUGGCGAGUCAUUGGAGGAGGAGGAGCAGCUGUCCAAUCACGCCGCGGCGAGGACCGGCGCCUUCUGCAGCCGGAUGGCGAAGGACGUGGUCCCGGACCCUGAGCUGGUGAGGAAACUCAACUGUCUCUGCUCCUCCGCUCUGAGUGUCAGAGGAAGCUCCGCCGAGAGCCUGUCCAGCCUGGAGCUCACCUACAUCACCGACUUCUUCCUGGCCCUGGCCAUCUGUAACAGCGUGGUGGUGUCUUCGCCGACCCAGCCCCGCCACAUGGUGCCUGAAGCCCGAGCACCUCUGCGGUCCCUGGAGGAAAUCAAGCUGAUGUUCCAACGCCUCAACUUCUACUCGUUCUCCCCUCCCCAAAUCAAAGGGAGCCCCCGCAGUUUCACCAGCAAGCUGUUCCCCCGUGGGAAGACGGGCUCCUUCACCUUCAACGCCCCUCCCCGCAGCGGUGUGGACCCGGCUCUGGAGAGCGACCAGGAAGCCUGCAAACUGAAGAGUAAAGUUGACCUGCCCGACAGGGGGGACGGCGGGGACUCCGUGGCGUCCAGGAGCCUGGAGGAGCCGGAGAACUUCAGGGAGGCAAAGGGUGACGGGGACAACCAGAACCUGGAGGGCCUGGGCGCAGACGCGGAGUCAAAGGAGGACAGUGACGACGAGCUGCUGUACGAGGCGGAGAGUCCUGACGAGGCGGCGCUGGUCCACGCGGCGCGGGCGUACCGCUGCACCCUGAGGGGCCGCUCGGCAGAGAGCCUGCUGGUGGACCUGCCGGGGAUCGGCUCCCUGGUGGUGCAGCUGCUUCACAUCCUGCCCUUUGACUCCAACAGGAAGAGGAUGUCGGUGGUGGUCCGGCACCCUCUGACGGGACAGGUGGUGGUGUACACUAAAGGAGCAGACUCCGUCAUCAUGGACCUGGCUGAAACGCAGGAAGGCUCAGAACGGGCUCAGGAGAUCUACAGCCGCAUCAGGGAAGAGACCCAGAAGCAUCUGGAUGGGUACGCCAGAGAGGGCCUCCGCACACUCUGCAUCGCUAAAAAGGUUCUCGAGGAAGAGGAGUAUGAAGUUUGGCUCAAGAGGCAGUUGCUGGCAGAGAGCAGCAUCGAGAACCAAGAGGAGCUGCUGCUAGACUCUGCUCAGAGGCUGGAGACCAACCUCACUCUUCUGGGCUGCACGGGGAUCGUCGACAGGCUGCAGGAGGAGGUCCCGGAGACCAUCGAAGCCCUGCAGGACGCUGGCAUCAAAGUGUGGGUUCUCACCGGAGACAAACAGGAGACGGCCAUCAACGUGGCAAACGCCUGCAAACUCCUGCGCUCCAGCGACCGGCUGCUGACCGCCAACUGUGGAAGCAAGGAUGCCUUUGCAGCCCUGCUCGGCGAGCUUUUAAUGGAAGUCCAGCGUGAAGAAGAACGAGAAGACGGCGCCAGCAGCUUCGUCCUGGUCAUCGACGGCCGGACGCUGGAGUGGGCUCUGCAGGAGGAGCUGAAGGGCGGCUUCCUGGAGCUGAGCCGUAAAUGCAAGGCGGUCAUCUGCUGCCGCUCCACGCCGCUCCAGAAGAGCAAGGUGGUCCAGCUGAUCCGGGACAAACUCGGCGUCAUGACGCUGGCCGUCGGUGACGGAGCGAAUGACGUGAGCAUGAUUCAGGUGGCUGAUGUGGGAAUCGGGAUAUCCGGCCAGGAGGGGAUGCAGGCCGUGAUGUCGAGCGACUUUGCCAUCUCAAGAUUCAAACACCUCAAGAAGCUGCUGCUGGUUCACGGCCACUGGUGUUACCACCGCCUCGCAAACAUGAUCCUCUACUUUUUUUACAAGAACGUGAUGUACGUGAAUCUGCUGUUCUGGUAUCAGUUCUUCUGCGGUUUCUCCGGAAGCGUCAUGAUCAACUCCUGGGUGCUCAUCCUCUUCAAUCUGGUCUUCACCUCAGUUCCUCCUCUCGUCUACGGCAUCCUCGACCGAGACACGCCGGCGGACACCCUGAUGAAGCUGCCUGAGCUCUACGAAGCCGCACGGACCACCAAGGUCUACAUUCCAUCCACGUUCUGGAUCACCAUCCUGGACGCCUUUUACCAAAGCCUCGUCUGCUUCUUCGUGCCUUAUUUUGCGCUGGCCGGAUCAGAUGCGGGAACGCUGUCGUUCGGCUCGCCGGUCAACACCUCGGCUCUCUUCGUCAUCCUGCUGCAUCAAGUCAUCGAGAGCAACACCCUGACGUGGAUUCACGUGCUGGUGUUGGUCCUCAGUGCUGCCUUGUAUUUCGGCUUCGUGCAGCUCUACAGUGCCUUCUGCGUGGUCUGCAGCCACCCCACCAACCUGUUUGGGGUGGAAACACUCCUCAUCACCCAGCCUCUCUUCUACAUCAUCUGCGCUCUCACUAUUGUCACCGCUUUGCUACCAAGAAUUUUGUUCCGGGCUCUGUUCAACACCCUCCACCCCUCUUCUGCCCUGAGAUCGGCUCAGAGAGAGGAGGCGGCUGCGGAGCGGUACCGCCGGAGGAUGCAGCGCUGGAACCUGAAACACUCAGGACCCAGCGGCCUGCAGGUGUGCGCAGACAACGCCGGGCUGGAGCCCAGCGAGGACGAAGUGGUGUCCUGACCCCUCCUCAGCCAGCAAAAGACGCAAAAGCUCAAACUCAAACCAGCGACUGGCGUGAGCGGGCCACCGGAACCAGGGGUUUUUGGUGCAAUAAAGUGUUAAUUUGGACAGAACUCUGCAGCUUCUCACAGGUCAGAGAGGGCUGAUACUGCCACACGUGACUGCAGCUGUAAAACCCAAACAGCAGCUAAAACCUGGUCUCUGCUCUGAGGCAUGAAGAACAUGUACCUGCAAAGACUGGGAUGCUGGUCGGAUCGUGUUUACAUACAUGCACCCGUACGUCGAAUGUUACGAUUGUUUACCUGCUCAGCUCGGGGAAAUGAAGGAAUAAUCAGCGUUUGACUGACUUCCUUUUGGACUCCACCUUUUUAUUUAUUCCUGUUAAGGAUUCAGUUUUUAUGUGAGUGAAAGCUGAAGCUAAACUGGACACACAGGAAUCCAGUUCAAUGAAGGCUAAGAAUGCUUUAUAUUCCUUUCGAUCCACUCGACUCAUAGGAAGGAAAUGAACAUUCCCAAAGGCUGACACAGCACCGCUCCGGUGUUUCUAGGUGCCUUGUCACUUGUUUUAUGGAGAAAUAGUAAAGCAAUAAUAAAUAAAAGUGAGUUGAUCUCUCAUUUCAGUGGCCUUUCGGCGUCUUGGCUCGUCACAUUGUCACUUUUUACGCAAGAAAAUGGCAGUUUUAUAUCAUGUAUAAAAACUCAUGUUUUUGUACUGAACUUUGCUUCCCACACUGUACUGAUCAGUUAAACUCGAAUAAAUAAAUUAUUUAGACACUAA